AACAAAUAUAGGAACAUUUUCUUGCCACAGCGUAUUUGGUGACAGCCAUGAAAUAAAUAGAGUCAUAAAACAUGUUUGUAUUUUGGUUGUUAAUCAAAAUUUUAGUACUGUUUUAAAAUAUGUGUUAACUGUUAAAAAUGUGGAAAGGGACACAUCAUUAUGUGCCUAGAUAUAACACUGGUCUCUAAGUGAUUUCUAAAUCAAGUUUUUCAUAGAAGGGAGCAAUAUGUGGUCAGCUAGGUUAAUCUUUCCUGCCAGAAAUUUUCUGAGUGGGCAGCCGCUGUCAGCUAGGAGCGGUCUUCUGAACUCGCGUGUUCCAAUCCAGUGUUCAAACAUCAGGACGGGAGGGAGCAGAAAGGCUCCGCGCUAUGGCAAAGGUUCCAACUUCCAGCCAAAAACUGAGACGAAGAUUGAAGUAGAGACUGGUCCAGUCAGUCCGUCUAAACUUUGGAAACCACUUGGCUUCACAGUUGCUUUUAGCUCGGCUUGUUUUGUGGGAGCUUCCAUUUGGCAAUAUGAGAAUAUACUGGCUCGCAGAAAACAACAGUGGAAUUGGUACGAAGAACAACUUGUUAGGCCAAGGAAAUAUGGCUGGAUUCGUGACAGAUUGAAUCAUGUAUGGAAUGGCUUAACGGAAGGCCAGAAAACAUUUUACGUGAUUUGUUUUGCGAAUGUCCUUGUGUUCUUGUGCUGGAGGAUACCCAUGUUCCAGAGUACAAUGGUACGCUACUUCUGUUCCAAUCCAGCAUCUCGUGUGGUAUGCUGGCCAAUGGCACUGUCCAUGUUCAGCCACUACGCGCCGCUCCACUUGUUCUGCAACAUGUACGUCCUGCACAGCUUUUCCUCAGGAGCCUGCGCGUCUCUCGGCAAGGAGCAGUUCGUGGCCCUGUACCUGGCGGGAGGCAUGGUGGCGUCCAUGGCCAGCUACGUCUACAAGUGCGUCGCCGCAAAGCCGGGGCUCUCGCUCGGAGCUUCUGGCGCCAUCAUGACCAUCCUUGCUUAUGUGUGCUCUCGAUAUCCUGAUCUGAAGCUCAGCAUCGUGUUUAUGCCGUUCUUCACAUUCAGCGCAGGAACCGCCAUUAAGGUGAUCAUGGGCCUCGACGCGGUUGGUAUUCUACUCGGAUGGAAGCUCUUCGACCAUGCUGCUCAUCUCGGAGGUGCUGCGUGCGGACUUGGCUAUUACUACUGGGGUGACAAGUAUGUUUGGCAGAAGAGGGAAGUGAUACUGCGCUGGUGGCACAAUAUACGCGGCAGUGGCAGCCACUAACUGUGGCAUGUGAAGCGAAGAGCUGUCUGUAUGGUUAUUGGUAUGAAAACUUGGUCAGUAAUAAGCUCCUGUUGUAUAAUGAAUGAUGCCUUGUUAAAUUAUUGCUCUCGGGCAGAUUUUCAGAAAACUGUCUUUUGGUAUGAUAAAAAAAAAUUUCAUAAAAA